UCGACCAAACUUUAGACGCAUGUUCGCGUUUUAAUACGUUCGUGUUUGUUAUCGUAAAGAUUUGUUAAUAAAACCGAUUUGUUUUGAUGAUACGUUAAUAAAACGGUUAAAUCGAAUCAUCAGAAUGGGUGAGGUAACGUUUGAUAAGUUGUACGAUAUUUACAACACGCUUUCCCAAGCGAAGGAUAACAUAACGCAGCACACUCAAGAGUAUUUAGAAGCAAUUGAGGGCACUAAAGGAGGUGAAAAAGAAAAGAAAUUAGCUGCCCAGGUAAUCUCUAAGUUUUUCAAACAUUUCCCUUCGUUACAACUCCAAGCUAUUGAUGCUAUAUUCGAUAUAUGUGAAGAUGACCAAGCUAGUAUAAGAAUAGCGGCUAUGAAAACUUUACCCAUUUUAUGUAAAGAAAGUAAAGAAAACAUUGGAAAAAUUGCUGAUGUUUUAUCACAGCUAUUACAACUUGAUGAUCCCCAGGAGUAUAAUGUAGCAAGUAACUCUUUAAUCCAAGUGUUACAAAUAGACUCCCUUCUUGUUAUUAAGAGUAUAUUUAAGCAGUUAUCUGAAUCGGAUGCUUUGGUUAGAGAGAAAUGUUUAAAAUUUUUGGUUACAAAGGUUAAAACUCUGGAUAAAAGUAUUUUUACCCCAGAAAUUGAGGAUUUAAUAUUAGCCGAGUUUAAAAAAAUUUUAAAUGAUGUAACAGCAGAUGAAUUCGUAUUAAUAAUGGGUUAUUUAUCAACAUCAAAAGCGGCCAAUACUCAAGCGGGACAAAUUGAAUUAAUUAAUAUUUGUGCAGAUCAAGUUGAAAUGGAUCAAGAUCUAGAUAUGUUUGAUAAGGACGCUAAUAAUAUUGACAGACUUGUUACUUGCGUUAAGUUUGUUUUACCUUUCUUUUCAGCAAAAAUUGAAUCAACAAAAUUUGUGAAAUAUUAUUGUGACCAAACUUUACCUAGAUGGGAUGAAAUUAAAGAACUUACUGAUGGUGAAUCAUACCAAUUAAUGAUUCUAAGACAAUUAGCUGAAUUAUCGACGCAUUGUGGAAAAUUAGAAAAUCCAUCUGUUCAAGUUGUACAGAUUUAUGACAAAAUAAAAACAUAUAUGCCACCUCCACCUGAAGAUACAACUUUAACAACUUUACCAUCAUUAGAUUUUUCUUCAGUGGAAGCUCUUUUAUAUGCUUUUCAUAGAUUAGCACGUCAAUGUCCCGAUUUUUUAACUCACGACCCUCAAGAAUUGAAAGAAUUUCGUGCGAGACUUAUGUAUUUUUCUAGAGGAGUGCAAGGGUGUCGUAAUGCGAUUAAAGCGGAUAAAACAAAAACUUUAAGUGAAGAAAACGAAAAAGUUAUGAAAAUCUCACCAAUAAUGUUUGAUAAUAUUAACACAAUCAUCAAAGAUUUAUUUUAUCAGCCUCCUAUGUACAAAUGUAACGUGACCUUGUCGUUUAAAACGGAAGUUAGUCCAUUAAAAAAAACGACGGAAGUUAAUGUAACACAAAAAAGACAUGUUCCAAUUACGUUCGAAAGUAAAAAUGGUUCUGCUCCACCCUAUAAACAAGGAAGACCAAAUCGGAGUGGUGAUAACGUUAAAUUGUAUACACCUCCAAGUGGAAAAUUUAGUAAUAAUUUCCAACAUUACGAUCGACAAAGAGGAAAUCGAUUUGGUGGACGAGGUGGUAGAGGUGGAUUAAGAGGGAGAGGUUCAGGUCGAGGAUGGAGAAAUUAAUAAAUCUUUUUUUUUUUUUUUUCAUUAAUUAGCGUUUAGAAUGAUUUGUUGAAUUACGAAAUAGAUUAAAAAGAAGAUUUGGAAAAUAAAUAUGAUCACAAAGAAGAUUCAAAAAAAAUAAAAAUUAAUACUUUCUUUUGAUAAUGUUUUCGUUUUAAAUUGUGUCAGUAUUUUGUGAUUAAUUGCAAUUACUAUAAUGAAAUAUACAAUUUAUGUGAAGAAAAAA